CUGGGUGUUUGGACCUGAGCGACUCAGAGUGGCAAAUGCUAUGCAAGCCACGUUAUUUUACCAGGAUGCUGUCUCUCCCUUCCAGCUUUUAGCCUGAGGAAGAGGAGACAAGGGGCGUUGAGGAACCCAAGGGUGGACUUUAACCACUACAGACUUGGCUCAACACAGAAGAAGCAUGUCUGCUUGCAGAGGCUUUUCAUGGAUGUGUUCCAUCAUGGCUUUCCUGCAACUCUGGAUGGGAUUCGUGUCCAUCUGUGCAGUCGCAAUCCAGGGUCAACAGUACCCUGUAGUCACCACCAACUAUGGAAAGUUGCGGGGAGUGAAAGUCACGUUACCCAAUGAGAUCCUGGGACCAGUGGAACAAUAUUUGGGGAUCCCAUAUGCAUUGGCCCCAACAGGGGAACGGCGGUUUCAGGCACCAGAGCCCCCGAUGUCCUGGCCGGGCAUCAGGAAUGCUACUCAGUUUGCUCCCGUUUGUCCUCAGUUUUUGGAAGAUCGCUUCCUACACAACGACAUGCUCCCUGUGUGGUUCACGGCCAACCUGGAUACACUUGUAACCUAUGUCCAAGAGCAGAGCGAAGACUGCCUCUACCUAAACGUCUACGUGCCUACUGAGGACGGAGUGAACUAUCACAGAAAAGGUGCAGAUUUCAACAGUAAUGAUGGUGGAAGUGAUCAAGAUAUUCACGACGAGAACGGGUUGAAGCCGGUCAUGGUUUACAUACACGGCGGCUCCUUUAUGGAGGGAACUGGCAACAUGAUUGACGGCAGCAUCCUGGCGAGCUACGGCAACGUCAUUGUCAUCACAAUCAACUAUCGUCUCGGCGUUCUGGGCUUUCUGAGCACUGGAGACCAGGCGGCCAAGGGCAACUAUGGCCUGCUUGAUCAAAUUCAGGCUCUCAGGUGGAUCAAGGAAAACAUCCAGGCCUUCAAAGGAGACCCAAAACGAGUGACCAUUUUCGGCUCCGGUGCCGGGGCCUCGUGCGUCAGCCUGCUCACCCUCUCCCAUUACUCAGAAGAUAUGUUCCAGAAGGCGAUCAUACAGAGCGGCACGGCGCUUUCGAGCUGGGCAGUCAACUACCAGCCCGCUAAGUACACACGAGUCCUUGCCGAGAAGGUGGGCUGUAACGCGCUGGACACAUUAGACCUGGUGGAGUGCCUGCAGAACAAGAACUACAAGGAGCUGAUUGAGCAGUACGUGACGCCGGCAAAGUACCACAUUGCCUUCGGCCCCGUGAUUGACGGCGACGUGAUACCCGACGAUCCCCAAAUUCUCAUGGAGCAGGGCGAGUUCCUUAACUACGACAUUAUGCUGGGUGUCAAUCAAGGCGAGGGAUUCAAGUUUGUCGACGGCAUCGUGGACAGUGAGGAUGGCGUCUCCGCCAAUGAUUUUGACUUUGCUGUGUCUGACUUUGUGGACCAUCUGUAUGGCUACCCUGAGGGCAAGGACACCCUACGCGAGACAAUCAAGUUUAUGUACACCGACUGGGCGGACAAAGAGAAUCCAGAGAACCGGCGCAAGACCCUGGUGGCGCUGUUCACAGACCACCAGUGGGUGGCGCCAGCAGUGGCUACAGCUGAUCUCCAUGCCCAGUAUGGCUCCCCCACCUACUUUUAUGCUUUCUACCAUCACUGUCAGAGCGACAUGAAACCCAGCUGGGCCGACUCAGCCCACGGGGAUGAAGUACCGUAUGUCUUCGGGAUCCCGAUGAUUGGCCCGACGGAUCUCUUUAACUGCAAUUUCUCCAAAAACGAUGUGAUGCUGAGUGCAGUCGUCAUGACCUACUGGACUAACUUUGCCAAAACUGGGGACCCUAAUCAACCAGUCCCACAGGAUACAAAGUUCAUUCACACGAAGCCCAACAGGUUCGAGGAGGUAGCCUGGACCAAGUAUAACCCCAAAGACCAGCUCUACCUUCACAUUGGUCUCAAACCUCGGGUCCGUGACCACUACCGUGCCACCAAGGUUGCCUUCUGGCUGGAGCUGGUGCCUCAUCUUCACAACAUUAAUGAAUUCUUUCAGUACGUGUCAACCACCACUAAAAUACCUCCGCAAGACACCACACCGUACCCUUACACCAAACGCUUCCCGGGAAAAAACAAUUGGCCCUCUACCACUCGCUACCCGGGGGUGCCAUCCGGCAACACCAAGCACACCACGGACCAGCGCAAAAGCGACGACCUCAUUGACGAGUCGACCGUGUUGAUCGAGACCAAGCGGGACUACUCCACCGAGCUGAGCGUCACCAUCGCUGUAGGCGCCUCCCUCCUGUUCUUGAACAUCCUAGCCUUCGCGGCGCUAUACUACAAAAAAGACAAGCGGCGUGCCGAUUCAACCCGCCACAUCCCCACCCCGCAGCAUAACUCCACGCCGGUCAAUGCGCCCGCCGCCGCCAACGACGUGGCCCACCUGCAGAGUGAGGAGUUGAUGACACUGCAGAUGAAGCAGCAGCAAUUGGAGCACGAGCACCAGCGCGAGGCCAUGCAGGUCCACGACACGCUGCGCCUCGCCUGCCCACCCGACUACACCCUCACGUUGCGCCGUUCGCCCGACGACAUACCGCUGAUGACACCGAGCACCAUCACCAUGAUCCCUAACUCACUGGCUGGCAUGCAGCCUCUGCACAACUUCAAUACCGCUACUUUUGGGGGCAAUCAGAACAGUACCAACCUGCCACAUGGCCACUCCACCACACGGGUAUAGCUCUGUUGGGAUCAAACCAUAGUGGAUUCCCACGCAAACUGAUUUGACAAAGGCAAAUGGAAGCGAUGGACUACGUGAAGCACAGACUCCAACAUUUCAGAUAAAAGUUAUUUUGCUACGCUGCCUUCUUGACAAAGCAUAUAUAGGAGAAAUUGAUGUCUUUUUAACAAAGAAAAUAUGAAUUGUGAAUGUCACUGUAGUAAUAACGAUUUGGAGCUAAGCUUCAUGGAGUUUUAUCAAGAGAAGAACAAAGACAGCAAAUGACUGAGUUGCUACGUAUCGGAUAAAAAAAUAAAAUAGAAAAAAAAGCAAACUAAUGCAUUGCCACA